UUGGCCGCAAUAAAAGGAACAAAUUGACGCCCAUUUUUCGCUACUAGUCUCUUUCCAGCGUCGCUACGGGACGAUUACUCAGGAGGGAUUUUAUGUCGAUCUGAUCUAUCCCUUACCUCCGCAAUAUCCCUUACCUCCGCAAUACCGACCUGACCUGAACUGACCUGCGAUCGGUGCUGGGAAGGAAUCGACGGUGAAGAAUGGAUGCGGAGAUCACGGCUGCGCAUCGAGAGUGCGUGCGGCUGGCCCGAUCCAAGGACUGGGCCGGGUGCCUCAAGGUUCUUGAUGCCGCUAUCAUAAAAAAUGACACAAAUGCGCUUCUUUUCUUGAACCGGGGACUUUGCAACAGCCACCUUGAUCUGCACAAGCGUGCAGUGAAGGACUACACUCGAGCACUGGAGGUGGACCCGAGGCUCCUAAAGGCAUGGAUUCAGAAGGGCCAAUCGUUGAUGCGUUUACGGAGAAAUCUCGAAGCGCAGCAAAGUUGGCAACAUGGUGCACAGUUUGCCUCUUCCGGAAUCCAGGAUUUGGAUUUGUGCCUGGAGUUGGAAGAGCUUGCGAGCGGUACCCUUCAAGCAGAACCUAUGGCACAGACAAGAGCUUCACCAUCGAUAUCAGAAGCAAACCAGAAUUUGAUUGGGAGCGGAUCAGGAGCGUCAACCUCUUCUGCCAGGCAGAUUAUUUCCAAUUGCCGAGCAAAUCAGAAUAGCCAAGCGAAUCAUCUUUCACUCAUCAGGAAUAAUUCAAAUGCCAGAAACGUUGAGAUAGAGGGGAACUUCAUGGAUGUGGCGGAGCUUGAAAGGGCACUGAGCGAGGGGAUUGAUAAGGUAAACACAGGUAGGCUGGAUGAAGCCAUAGACGACUUCAAUAGGCUACUUGAAAAGGUACCAAGGUUUGCAAGCGCAUUAGUUACACGAGGGACGGCACUUGCUCUGCAAGGGAAGCUCGAGGCCGCUGUUCAAGAUUUCACACAGGCGAUCGAGUGUUCUCCUAAACAAAUUGAAGCAUGGAAACGAAGAGGGCAAGCGAGAGCGGCCUUAGGCUUAGAGGCAGAGGUUCUUUCAGAUUAUGCUGAAGCACUUCGAAUUGACCCAAAUUGUUCAGAUGUGUACCUGCAAAGAGGCAUGUUCCAUUACAAGCUAAAGGAUUUCCAGUCUGCAGAAGCGGACAUGCGGACAACGAUUGAGAAGGACCCUAAUAAUAAGCAAGCAUGGAAUUUCCUUGUAUGGGAACUGAUCUUCUGUACGCAAAGCUGGACCUUAUCCCCAUAUCUUCAACCCACCAUCCACGUCAAAAGAGUGCUAUUGCGGUAAACGUAGGCAUACAAUCCCCUUCGUUUCCCUGGUUUGUUUUCUCCACAUGCCACGUCUCUGCUCUGAUGGGCCUAGCUCACUUAGUACACCCAUGA